AUGCGCACCCAUCCACGGCCGGUCAUUGACCCUCGUGUGGAUAAUGGUUUCCGCCCGGCUGAUCCCACUGUGGAGGCGAAGGACGUGGAAACUCGACUGUUACGCCUCAACAUCAUCGGGUCCCCGGUCAUUACAGAAGAUGAACUUGCCGAACGGAAAGCUCUUCGAGCUCGUUUCUUGGCUCCACAAGAAUUUCCGUUGGAACUAUAUCGCACUCGUCUGCGUGAUCAACGAGGUGGCUCUCGUGUACCCGCAAUUCGGACGAUACCUGUAGUGCUCGCACCUGGCGAAAGCGCUACAGAUGACGAAGCUGUAUGCCUUACAGUUGAGCCAGAAGGAAGUGGACGUGCGUGUGAAGCGACAUCUUCGAUUUGA